CACCUCAAGUACUACUCCAAGGUCCUCCAACCCUCUGAUCAUGAGCAACGCACUGAAGUGAAGGUUAACAAGGGAAGCCUUCCUCUCUGCAGCUAGCAGGAUUGUAGCAUGGCACUGCUAAUUUCCCAACCAGGUCAAGCACAUUUCAUGGCUUAUGGCGUGAAGAGAAAUAUGGUGGCAUCUAGUAAGAAGGAAACUUGUGUUGGUUUUUCUUCCUCACCUCAUUUAGCUAAAACUGGGGUUGGAAGGAAACAAGGGCAUAAAGUGAUUGUUCCAGCAACUGCCACCGAGGCCACUGUAUUGCCUACAAAGCCACUAACAAAAGAUGAUCUUGUCGGUUACUUUGCCUCUGGCUGCAAGCCUAAGGAGGAAUGGAGAAUAGGAACUGAGCAUGAAAAGUUUGGUUUCCAGUUGAGAACUCUAUGCCCCAUAACAUAUGAACAAAUAGAAGAGUUACUCAACGAUGUUGCUGCAAUAUUUGGUUGGGACAAAGUCAUGGAAGGUGACAACCUUAUUGGACUCAAAAAGGGUAAGCAGAGCAUAUCACUGGAGGGUGGUGGACAGCUUGAGCUUAGCGGUGCACCUGUCAAAACAUUACAUGAAACUUAUGCCGAGAUUAAAUCACACCUAUGUCAGGUAAAAGCUGUUGCAACAAAAAUGGGAAUUGGAUUCUUAGGAAUAGGUUUCCAGCCCAAAGGGGGACUUAAGGACAUGCCUACAAUGCCCAAGCCACAUCAAGAGAUUUUAGCAGGAUACCUUGCUAAAGUUGGCCCACUUGGAAUCGAUACAUUGCGUAGAACAUGCACUGUCCAGGUUAAUCUGGAUUACAGUUCAGAAGCUGACAUGAUCAGGAAAUUUCGGGCAAGUCUUGCUUUGCAGCCUAUAGCAACAGCACUAUUUGCAAAUUCACCUUUUGCUGAAGGAAAUCCAAAUGGUUAUCUCAGCUUGAGAAGCCAUUUCUGGACUGGCCAUGAUAAAAGUCGUACUGGCAUGCUCCCCUUUGUUUUUGAUGACUCCUUUGGGUUUGAGCGGUAUGUUGAUUAUGCUCUUGAUGUUCCAAUGGUUUACAUUUACAGGAAAAAGAAAUAUAUUGACAGUGCUGGAAUGUCAUUCAGGGACUUUAUGGCAGGAAAACUUCCUUGUCUACCGGGUGAAUUGCCAGCACUCAAUGAUUGGGAGAAUCAUUUGGGAACAUUAUAUCCUGAGGUUCGGAUGAAGACAUACUUAGAGAUGAGGGGUGCUGAUGCAGGGCCUUUGGCAAUGUUAUGUGCUUUGCCAGCAUUUUGGGUAGGUUUACUAUAUGAUGAGGUUUCACUUCAAAAUGUUCUGGACUUGAUAGCUGAUUGGACCAUGGAAGAACGAGAGAUGUUGAGGAAUAUGGUUCCUAAGAUUGGUCUAAAAACACCAUUUCGGGAUGGAUUGCUAAGGCAUGUUGCUGAAGAUGUUGUCAAGUGGGCGCAGGAUGGCUUGGACAGAAGAGGCUUUAGGGAAUCAGGGUUCCUUGAUGAGGUGGCCGAGGUGGUAAAAACAGGAGUGACACCUGCCGAGAAGCUUUUGGAGAUGCACCAGGGGAAGUGGGGACAAUGUGUGGAUCCUGUCUUUCAUGAGCUACUCUAUUGAUCAACUGAAGAAUUAGGUUCACCAACAUCCUUUAUGGUUUAUGGUCGUGUUGUUUUCUUUGGCCUUUGUUGGCCCUCCCUUAAACACUUCUUGGUUCUUGGGUUGCAAUCCGACAGUUGCAAUUAAUCAAGAAAAAUAAAUCGUGUUGUAUUGUAUGUCCUUAGCACGAUACUCUUGUCUAACUCAUUGAAUAUGAGUAUGAUCAUUAAUAAAGAAUGUGAAGGGAAAUUUAUACA